AUGUUCAUUUUAUUCUUUACUUUCUUAUUCAUAUUUUCCUCUUUUGGAUUCAAUGAUUUAGCUUUAAUGGAAAUGGUUGAUGAUGAUUUAUUUGAUGAUGAUGUUUUUGAUUUAUUUGAUGAUGAUUUAUUUGAUGAUGAUGUUUUUGACUUAUUUGAUGAAGAGUUAUUUGAUUUGGAAGAUGACCAAUAUGACUAUAAUGCAGCAAAACAAACAUUAACUAACCUUGGGCGUUCUAUUGCAAAAGAGAAAAUGAACCAAUUGUCAAGUUAUCUUCGAUCGAGUGCUAAGAAUAGUAUGAACGUUGUUCCUCUAAAUAAGUUAAUUAAUAGAAGAUAUAAAGUACCUUUCCAAAAUAAUCCAUUUAAUCUUUAACUAAAAUACUACUUGUUUGUUCAAUCAAUCUUCUUAUUCUUUAUUUAAUAACUCUCCUAUUUCAAUUAUCAUAACAAUGAAAGCAUUGAAUAUACCAAAGUAAUUUAACUGAUUAAACUAAUCCUAAUGACAUUUCCUUAGAAUUAAUCAUUUUUACUUUCUUUUAGUUAGUAAUGAUUUAUUUUAAAUAAUCCUUCUUUCUCAAGUUUAAAUCAAUAAUUCAUCAAUAA